UCAGGCUUGGUCAAAUAUGAGUAAACUUGAGAACUUGUACUUGGACGGAAACUUAUUAAGUGAAAAGAUUAUUCCAUGCUUGAUAGGAGCAUCGUCACUUACAACUCUUGCCCUUUCAGGAAACAUGAAGAACAGCUUCUCUUGGAAAGAGUUGAGCAAACUAAAAAGCCUUGUUGAGCUGUAUUUAUUUCCGAAUAAAUUUAUUGGAGUUAGCCCAUCAAUGUUGGAGUGGACCUCUCUUAAAAGAUUGUACAUAUAUGAAAGUGAAUUUAAUGGCACAGCUUUGGAAGGACUGUGCAAGAUAAAGAAUCUUGAAGAGUUAGUUAUUGAUGAUAGUAAUUUGAAGGGGAAUAUUCCAUUGUGUCUUGGGCAUCUAUCAUCUCUGAAAUAUAUUGGUAUCUCCAACAAUCAACUUGGAACAGUAUUUCCUUCGGCUGUCAUCAAAAACCUCACUAUGCUCAAGUAUGCACAAUUUUCUGGCAAUAACUUUAAAGGCAUCCUCUCAAUAGACAUAUUUUCUAACAACACUGACCUCAAAGUGUUGGACCUUUCAAACAAUUAUCAGUUAGAAGUCCAAACUGAACAUCUAGGGAUGGAGCCAUCAUUUCAACUAUACAAAAUUUUCUUAUCUAAUUGCAUUCUCAAUAAGCCAUUUGGUUUAAUCCCUACAUUUUUGUCCAAUCAAUACAUGAUAGAGUCCAUUGAUCUUUCAAAUGCUAAUCUCAAAGGUGACAUUCCACUAUGGUUGUUCAAGAAUAAGACCGAAUUGAAAGCUCUAAAUUUGAGGAAUAACUUGUUAAAUGGAUCAUUUAUCUUUCCAUCCCACAAAACAAAUUUAUUAUUCUUUGAUGUCUCUAAUAAUAAACUCUCUGGAGAAAUACCUAACAACAUAGGUUAUGUUAUUCCUAAUGUAGAAUUUUUGGGUAUGUCACAUAACUUUUUACAAGGUGAUAUCCCUUCCUCAUUUAAAAAUUUGAGCCACCUAGCAUUUUUAGACUUCUCAAAUAACAAUUUAUCUAGUCAAAUAUCAAAUCACAUUGGGUAUCUCAAUAAUAUGCAAACAUUAGAUUUAUUUGGAAAUAAUUUUCAAGGAAAUUUGUUUCCGAAUAACUCAACUUUACCUAAAUUGUGGGUUUAUUUUGCUGAUCGUAAUCAAUUCACUGGGGAAGUUUCAAAUAAUUUUUGUAUGAGCACUCAUCUUUUUGUCUUUAGUAUUGGUGAGAACCAAUUGUCUGGUGUGUUCCCAAGUUGUAUGAGAGAUCUUACAUCCCUUGGAGUCUUUAAUGCUAGAGAAAAUAAAUUUGAAGGAAGUCUACCAUGUGAAUUCUUUAAUUUAUCUUUUCUUGGAUUCUUGGAUCUCUCUAAAAAUAAUUUCUCUGGUUUAGUUCCUUCUUGUGUCAACAUGUCUAUCUUGGAAUACUUGAAUUUAAAUGGAAAUGGCCUCAAAGGAGCCUUCCCAAGUGCAUUACUAGGAAGCAGUCUAGUUGCAUUAGACAUUGGAAAUAACCAUUUUAGUGGUAAUAUUUCAAUUAGGAUAUGGACAGACCUCAAAAAUCUUAAAAUAAUUUCUUUGAAAGGGAACCAUUUUGAGGGAGCAAUACCAAAAGAAAUAUGCAACUUACAAUAUCUUCGCAUACUUGACCUUUCUCAAAACAAGUUAUGUGGAAAGAUACCUCCAUGCCUUUGUUAUAUGGGGCACAAUGGGAGUUUGCAACUUCAAGUUGAAUUAAACAUUAGUAGUUAUCAACCAUCUGAAUCGAACGAAGAAUCCUUGCCUGAGCUAGGAAGUUAUGUGACAGCUGAACUUGAAUAUAUUGAAUUUCCAACAAAAAGAAGAUCAGAUAGUUACAAAGGGAACAUCCUAAACUACUUAUCUGGACUAGAUUUAUCUGGAAACCAAUUUGAUGGCAAGAUCCCAGAGGAGAUUGGCGAAAUGACCUGGCUUCGAGCUUUGAAUUUGUCUAAUAAUCGAUUGACUGGUCCAAUACCUGCUACAUUAUCAAGGUUGGGAGAUAUUGAAAGCUUAGACCUUUCCCACAACAUGUUAGUUGGAUGCAUACCUCCGCAACUUGUACAACUUCAUUCUUUAGAAGUCUUCUCUGUGGCAUAUAACAACCUUUCCGGUCCGACAAUUGGAUUGGUUGCUCAGUUCAGCACAUUUGAUAAGAACAGCUAUGAAGGAAACCCUUAUCUUUGUGGUCCUCCAUUGGAGAACACUUGCACCUUGCUGAUACCAGUUCCAAAAAGUCAAGUUACAAAAAAUAUUCAUGAGGAUAAAGAAGCAGCAAAAGAUCAUCUCAUAUUAUAUGCAACAAUUGCACUUGGUUUCAGCACAGGUUUCUGGGGAUGGAUGGCUCUACUAUACUUCAACAGAAGCUGGCAAUAUUCGUUCUUUCUAGCUAUUGAUAAAUGCAUGAAGGAAGCCCUUGACAUGGCAAGUAGUCUCCUAAUGAAAAUGAGUCACUUUGGUAGCCGUUCGUUCUUCUCAUGUUUCAAAUCCUCUUAAACCAUGUAGGUAUGGUGUUUGUAAUAUUCAAAGUUUGAAUUAAAGAUCUUAUCAUUUCUAAUUAUCUUCUACUUCUAAUUUUGAUCCUUUCACUCAAACUCAUAUUCCAAUGUUUGAUUGUGCUCACACUC